AUGAGCAAUUACUUCCCGCGAUUCGAAGACUCUUGCUGUGAAUUCCCGUGGGCGAUGAGCCCGUCAAAUACUUCCGAGCGACUCGACGACGAUUUUCGAUCGGAUAUCAAGAGCGAAGGUCUCAGCACUCCUCCAAUGUGCACCACGCCCGAUCUCGCCUACAGUAACCCGGUGCCAACAGCUUCAUUGGCCGACGCGGCCGCUUCACUUCAAAGUGCUUUCUGUAAACGACCGAUGCAAAGGAGCAGCCUGGAGGCCAAUUUUCAACCGACUCAAGUGAAACAAGAAGUUUUUGAAGUUGAAGCUCAUCGCUUAAACAACAACAAUGCUUAUCCAUAUGCGCACACAAUGCAGAACAUGGAACCAAUCGGAGAAGCGGCUGAAGGAGUCGAUUCUCAACAGAUUGACAUCUAUCGUGAUCUGAUCUUGAGACACUUGAUUCAAGAUAUCUCGACAACUUGUGCAAGGCUUGGCCUGCCUACAGAUGCCAGCCAUUGGACUGGUGAGCACAGCUGGAAAUGGAUUGGGGAAAUGUGCGAGCAGUUCAACCUUCCACUUCCUCAGAAAUCGACCGUCACCGGGCGAGCGCUUCUCCAAAUGAAUCAACGAGACUUUGAGAGUUUCGCUCCACAUGCCGGAGACACUCUCUAUGCUCAGCUUCAACUUUGGAAGACUGCUUUUGAAACCUACCAACAACACCAGAACAAUUCGUGCGGUGGAAGCUUUGGAAUGACAGCCGCUGAGAGCUCAGGGCCAAAAGAUUGGCCUUCAUCGUCGAAGAGCCAAGUCUCAAGGAACUUUCAGCUUUUCCCUGGAGUUGAGCAAAUGAGCGGAUUCUACAAUGAACCGUUUCAAUCACCAACUAUGCAAGAUCAACUGAACAAUGUCUUUUUUGGCAAUGGCCUUCACUCGCCAACAAACUCCGAUUUGAGCAGUCCUGGAUCGAUUUGCGAUGAAGAACUUGAUGGUGUUUUGAACAUUGGACCGAUGUCGGCAAUGGGCGGAUCAAUGGGCGAAGGUCAGCAAAGUGGAUCGAUCCCUUUCCGUCCAUCGGGCACCGUUCAUCUAUGGCAUUUCAUUCGUGAGCUUCUCGAUCAACCAAAGCUUUACUCGCAUUGUGUUCGAUGGGUGGACCGGGAUGAAGGUACUUUCAAAAUCGAAUCCUCUCAUGCACUUGCCCGAAUCUGGGGCCAACGCAAGAAUCGCUCGCAAAUGAACUACGACAAAUUGUCGCGAAGUCUCCGCCAAUACUACAAGAAAGGGAUUAUUCAGAAACCCGAGAAGAAACAGCGUCUCGUUUACAAAUUCCUACCACCAUACAAUCUU